AUGGCCGUUACCUCUGUGAAUAUGGUAGUUUUUAAGCCAGCUUCGACGUGGGUAUUGACAAGAAGACAAGUAUCAGGAAGAAUAUAUGUAGGCUCUUAUGAAGCUGGAAUACGUGUAAUUGGAAGGCGAAUUGGUCAUGCAAACAAUGUGCAAAUUAUCAAAUUUAAAGAAAUUUUUGACGAAGGUGAUCCAUACGAAAGGCAAUCAUAUAUCAACCUUCUUAGAAGAGAAGCAAAGACCAGUAAUUUUAUUACCGGCUAUCUGGGCUAUUUACAAGGUCGGCCAUUAGACAAAUUCGCUUGA